UCCUAAUACUCAUUUAGAUGCUUCAUUCAGAUGCUUCAUCCAAAAACAAUAGCAUCUCCUCGACUGAUAUGACAUUAUUAUCAUGAAUUUCAUUGACCUCUUCCACGUCUCCCUGCCCUUUUGAAAACAGCGAUUAAAGUCCCAAGGGAGUCUCUCAUCCGCUCUAUUCCCGCCGACCAAGACCAUCUUACUUUGAUGCCCUUUCGAUUAUUCGCUCACAUCCAGCAUUUCUGCAUCAUAUCCCUUCUCAUCCUGGUAUCUAAAUCAUUUGGACCUUUCUCUUACCUUCUCUUCCUCUAUUUUCUGCUCUCCACGCCAUCGUACAGUCUCAUCACCCGGUCUCGUGGUACGGGUAAGGACUUGAUCCCAAUUAAGGUUAGUGCGCUAAUUCCCGUUUUGCGCCGCCCACCCCAGCCAGCCAUAUCCUCCAUCCAUCCAUUUCUUACAUCUUUGCAACCUUUUAACCUAUCUAUGACCAUACUGUCUCAUGAACCUUUCCAUAUAUUCCUCGGUUCUUUCUUCAUGAUUUGUUGGAUUGGCGCAUUUUUUUCUUCACCUUCCGCGCUCGUCUUUGGGGGAGACUGUGGUGGGUUAUGAGAGGGUAGUGCCUUGCUGGCAUGAAUGUCAUCACCAGCCAUUUCUCAGCUUGGUGCAACGUACGUUUCCUUCAUUAACUUCAGUAUCCGUUUGAAUCGCGUGUUAUUAUGUUUCUGGGGUUCUUUUAUAUAUUGCCAAGCGAUGCCAUUCUCUUCCUUGAUUCACUCCGUCUUCCAUUGACUU